AUGCUUCAGGUGUCUACUACUUUUAUUAGUAUUUUAGUAAGAAACAGGACCCUGUGUUUGGAUGAUGAGUUCCAAUGGAAGGGGCCCUUCUACUUCAUCCAAGGAGCAGAUCCUCAGUUUGGACUGAUGAAAGCUUGGGCAGUUGGAGACACUAACAAUGGAGAUGAUGAAUGGGGAGAAGAAAUCAAAUUAGCAGAGCAAGCAGUGCAGGCCAUUAACAAACUAAACCCUAAACCCAAGUUCUUUGUGUUGUGUGGAGACCUUAUCCAUGGAAUGCCAGGAACUCAAUGGAGAAAGGACCAAGAGCAAGAUUUAAAGAAUGUUCUGAAGAACACUGACCAGGACAUACCAUUGGUGUUUGUCAGCGGAAAUCAUGACAUUGGCAAUACUCCAACAACAGAAACAAUAGAUAAUUAUUGCAAGAACUGGGGAGAUGACUACUUCAGCUUUUGGGUUGGAGGUGUUUUCUUUCUUGUGUUGAAUUCGCAGUUAUACUUCGAUUCUUCCAAAUGCCCUGAGUUAAAGCAAGCCCAGGAUGUGUGGCUCAAUGAGCAACUGGCUGUCGCUGAAAAACAGAAAUGCAAGCAUAUAAUAGUAUUUCAGCAUAUCCCUCUGUUUCUGAGAAAACCUGAUGAAGACCACGAUUAUUUCAACUUGGAAAAAUCAGUUCGUCAAGAGAUAAUGGAAAAGUUUCAUAAAGCAG